GAGGAAUCUUACUCUUAGGUCGUAAAAAGGGCUUCUGAAAUACAGCAGUAAUUGGCUUUCUGGCUCAGAAGAUGCUUUACUUAAGUAGAGAUGCUGGUCACGACCAUCGGUAUCAAAGGGAAAGUUCCAUACGUCAAUGACAUCUUCGCAUCGGCUAUUUUCUGAGGAACAAUAUUAAACAAAGUCGGGUGAAGUUGUACUAGUUGUGAAAGAAAGAUGGAUUGGUUCGCGCACGAUUCGGAAUUUCUGGAGCAGAACACCCGUCUGCUACGGCAGGCGCAGUUGCAAACGCAACAGACGAUUUUGGAGAGAAAAGAAGACCAUGCCACGGUCGAGGAACUGCGGGCGUAUUUUUCGAACAAGCUCCGCGCAAAAGUCGCGAAGUACGUCUGGGAAAAGAAGAAAAAGGAAAGCGAGUUCGAAAGAGUUCAGAAAGGCUUAUCCUGAGUAAAAACGUACCCACACCAGAGUUGUAAUGCAGAUUUGCAAAGACAGGAAGACUCGUAAUGCGCAUCCCCAUGAGAGCCACUCCGAAUCGUGUUUUGGAAAUUGUGAUGCUGUGAACAGGAUGAGCAGAUGAAUCUGUGACGCGGCUGCACUUGCUAAACUGCACUACACUGCAUAGCGCAACUUGUCAUGCGUGACUCACAAAACUCCUAGGUUUGUGUUGCAAAAUCCUCAUCCUGACUCUGGUGUGGGUACGUUUUUACUCAGGAUAAGGCUUGGUGAAGAUUCUAGUCGACAAUUAAGGGUCAAAAAAAUCCAUCCGCUCAACGGCUCCCAAAAUGUUUGAAGCCUGGCCAGAAAAAAGGCAUCUGCGCAAGAUAGAAGACACGCGCAGCAGUUUGUGACGCUCGGCUUUGUGAGCGCGUUCGCGCUGCAAAGUAGCGACUUGAUUUUUUGAACCUUUUUGCGGGCCUUCAUUUGUGAUCGUGCGCCUUUCGGGGCGGAAAAGGAGCUGGGAGCGUUUUAUCAUCGUUUCCCGCUCUCUCGCAAGACUCUGUGACUUGCAGAGCUUGCAAAUUUCUUUCAAAACUCAGUUGAAGUUCAAAUUUGACUUGAAGCUUUAAGUCAAAUUUGAACUUCAGCUGAAGUGUGAAAGAAAUGAAUUAGUCCCACAAGUGGGCCCAACAAACAAAUUUCCAAUAGGAUUUGGCGUUUUCCGGACUUCUGUCGGACACCGCUGAAGGAGUAGAGCAAACAAAUGUGAGCAAAAAAUUGAAUGCCUGCAAAUUUACGCGAAACGGUGAAAGGUAGGAAAAGGCUGUCAAAAUGGUCGCAGCUCGUGUUUUUUGAUGCUCCUCGAAUGCGAAGCGGGGCCCUACCGACUUUUCAUCCCUUGCAAGAAUUACUUCAGCAAACAUUUUGGGGACCGGGCUCGGAAUGGAUUUUUUUCACCCCUAAGACAAAGUCGCAGAGAAACGGGCGCUGCAGGGGAUUUUUUCAACACAUCAAGAGAACGCUUCAUCUGCGUUUCAAAUAGACCACACGGGCGCUAGCCGAAACGACCAUGAGCCGCAAGCUCACCCGAGUCGUCGUGGCCAUGGGAACAAAAUGAAGUCUUACGCGGUCGAAGGGCAGCGGCAAAAAUCGCCGGAAAUCUUGGCGCAGGAAGCAACCGACGAGUUGCUCGAAUUGAGGAAAAAAACGGAUGAGAUUGGCGCUCUGAGUAAAGUGUUUGCGAGGGUGGACGAUGGCCACGUGGGGACCGGAAAGCAUUCGAGCCAAAAAUCUACAAUCGAAAAAGACGUCGGAACUACAAAACCCGUGGCAGGAAAAAGUCAACGGGGGAUCAUAUCGAUAAAAACGGGAAGCAGGCGACAUCAAGUGCUAGCGGGUCAGUUGGAAGACCUGGAAAAGGAAGCGAGCCGGUUGAAGGAAGAACUGCUGCUAUUGCAGUACACCGGCGGAGUGGAUAUUGACACGAGUCCCUCGCGGUUACCCAUAUAUUCGAAGGGACAGCAUGUUGCCUCGCCGACAGGGGGAACAGCAGGAGACGGAGCAGGCGAAAGAGAACGAAGUGGUAAAGAUAAAGAUCCGCUGUUCAUCUCGCAGAUAGAACUCGCACAGAAAACCGUGGAACUGCUGGCCAGACGGGUAGAAGAGAUGGAAAAAGUCUCGAAACUGAAGUGAUUGUAGCGACGUGGGUUCUUCAGCGCCUGUGUAAUUUGGAUACGAUGUUGUGAAACAAUCAAUGAACAAUCACACACUUCUGCCGCUCGUCGGGGUUGCAUUUUUUGUUCGACAAGACAAAGAUUUGCAGAUGAAGUCGUAUAGCUUGAUGUGUACUUUCUUGGCCGUUAUUAUUUUCAGC